AUGUUCCGAAGGGCUCUCACUGGCAUAUGGCCUUCCACUAUCUCUCUUUACCUUCGACGCCCACCGAUAACAAAUCGUAAACUGAACAUACGGAAAUUCACGAUGACCCAGCCUCCACCUGUUCCAUCCAGCACCGACUUGGAGACGUAUUCUGUCAAAGAGGGAAUCAAGGUCAUCGAACGAUUCUUUGAUCUUCCGCUCGACUAUUCCAAUCCAGACGGAGAGAAAAUACGCGUUUUCGCGCGGAAUCUGAUACCCAAGAGCAAGGCCAAGACUGCUGCAGAGGAAGAAGAACUGCCUUAUCUCGUAUACUUGCAGGGCGGUCCCGGACAUGAGAUCCCGUUCCCUAAUAUCAACGGUUACGCUGCAGAAAUUCACGAGCAGGGUUACCAAACGCUUUGGAUGGACCCUCGAGGGACAGGCCUUAGUACCCACAUCUCUCCUGAGAGCCUUCCUGCUAGUCUGAAAACAGACCAAGCCAUCGCCGACUACCUGAAGUUCUUCCGUGCGGACAGCAUAGUAAAGGAUUGUGAAUCCAUCCGAAAGAUCCUUCUAGGACACAAACAGAAUCCAGAAGACCGCAAGUGGACAAUAUUGGGGCAGAGCUUUGGGGGAUUCUGUGCUAUAACGUAUCUCUCUUUCCACAGCGAAGGUUUAAAGGAAGUAUUUACGACUGGCGGGCUCGCCCCGUUAGUGGAUCACCCCGACUCGCUAAUCGACAGUACAGUGAGGAUUAUGAAGAGAAACAAGAUUUAUUAUGACAAAUAUUCACAAGACAUUAAGCGUGUCCGUAAUAUCAUGUCAUAUCUCGAAAAAAAUGAGGUACAGGUCACUAAUGGAGGACGGCUUAGCCCUGAUCGAUUUCAACAUCUUGGCAUGGACUUCGGUAUGCACGGGGGGAUUGACAGAGUUCAUCAACUUGUCUUUCGAGCCGCCAAUGAUCUCGACACGUUUGGUCAUUUGACAUACAAGACGAUUCAGCUCAUUGAACAAGCUCAGUCAUUCGACGGCAAUCCCAUUUUCUCAAUAUUGCAUGAAGCAAUAUACUGUCAAGGUCAUGCAUCGAAAUGGGCCGCGGCCCGAACGUUACAGGAUUAUCCUCAAUUCUCUUGGUCUUCCGUCAAGAAUUUGGCCAACUCGGAGCCAAUCUACUUCACCGGCGAAAUGAUAUUCCCAAACAUGUUCGACGACUACGCAAAUCUCCGACCGCUCAAAGGCGCAGCAGAAAUCAUCGCACAAUACGAUGGUUGGGGCCAGUUAUUCGACCUCCAGCAAUUGUCCAAGAAUGAAGUCAAGGUGUCUGCGGUGUCGUACUUCGACGAUAUGUAUGUCGAUUUCGAUCUGGCGCAAGAUACAGCUGCGAAAAUCAAAAACACGGAGCAAUACGUCACGAACCAGCUGGUCCACAGUGGCCUCCGUGCUGAUCCGAAGGACGUCAUGAAGCGUCUGUUCCAGUUGUCGAAGCGGGAAUAUGAUUGA